GUUAUACAUCUUUUUCCCAAACUUGUACAUUUUCUUCAGACAUUUAUGAUCAAUAUUAUCUCAUAUAAAUACAUUUAAAUCCCUUCAUAUGAAUUGAAGGAUCACCUAAUUAGGAGACCAGAAGUGUGUAAUUAAUUAAACAUGGAAAGAGUAGAAAACAAGGAAAGGCCAAAAAAAGUAGAGUAAUAAUUUGUGUAGAGUUAUAAUGGGCUUGGGCCGCUUGGCGAAUGAUUGGUUAGGACUUGGGACUAAACUAAAUAUUAAUUUUUGAUAAUUAAUUAAGUAUCAUCAUCUUCUUCGUUUACUAAUCACACUACUUUCGCAUAUCGUCAUUUCCCGCUCUCUGUGCUCUAGGGCUCAUUCCUCUGGGUUCCAUUGUUACGAUUCGACCUUCUCUGCAUAAUCUCUCUCAUCGACCCUAGCUUCUUUCUCUGUAAUUGAGAAAAGAUCAACAAUUUUACUUUCCGAGUAAGAUUUUCUCGGGAAAAUCCCUUUUCUCUGUUUUCUUUUGUUUCUGGUUUGCAUUUGGGAGAAAAUGCUAGGAAUAAUGUUUAAGAAAGUUUUAAUCUUUUGAAUGUUUCAUCACAUUUUAGUUUCGGUAGCUCAGUGAAGAUUUGGGCUUUAGGGUUUUUGUAGAAUUUCUAAUUGACGAGUAAUUUCCCAGAAAAUCUUUGUGAUUUUGUGUUAGUACAGGCUAAGCGUGAACUUCAAUGUCUAGUCUUGGGGACCAAUCGGAGAACAACAACAAAAUUUCCGAUAAUGUUCCCUUAGCUCAACACGAGAUUUUGAAAGGGAAAUAUGAGAGUUUGGUGACAGAGCACGAGAAUCUGGUGAAAGAACAUGAAACCCUAAUCAAAACACUCGAGCUUAUAGAGAAAACGCACCAAAUCACAGUAGAGGAUCUAGUGAAGAAGAAGGAGAGAGAAUCAUUGGUUGGGAAGGAAGAGAUUGAAAAGUUUGACAACGAGAUUGCUGAAAUAAAGAAGAUGCAAGAGAUGCUUGAUAAGGAUAUCGAAUACUUAAAGUCUCGUGGAGAAACCGAGGUGAACGGUAUGAGUUCAGGACCAAGCAGUGCAAGAGAUGCAGAGAAGAAACGUAAUCUGAGCAAGUUUGCAUCAAAAGAGGAUGUGAUAGAGAUUAGUGACGACGAUGAAGGAGACCAAAGUGAAAGCAAUAUAGGAAACAGUAACUCAUCACAUAAGAAUAUAGAGUAUUCCUUCAAAUUGUGAUCAAGACCUGAUUCAUUUGAGGAGAUGGAGAAGCACAAUGUCAGAUAUGGUUGUGAAACUGGAAGUUUCAAAUUAAGUUAGUAGUUCUUGUUGUUGUAGAUGAAGAUGACUAUGAGUCUCUGAUGCAUUUGGUCUUGUUUUUGGCUUGGAGUUUGGAGGGUUAAUAAGACAUGAAAGUUUGUAGUGUAACUGUGUAAGUAAUUUAGCCAAACACAAGUUGUAAGAGAAGCAGCUUCCAUCCUUAAUCUACUGUCAGAUUGUUCUAUAAAAUAGUUCUGAUG